AUGGCCCACGACUCGGGCUGGAUCCAGUGGGCUCUGAUCCUCGUCAUGACCGCCCUGCUUCUCUCCCUCGCCGUGCUCGCCCAGACGGCCAGCGUCUACUCGGCCGCCUACGUCGCCGCGCCGCGCGAGAUGGCCGCGCUCAUUGACACGGUCGACUUCUCCAUCGAGGAGAACGAGAGCUACGACAAGGAUAUGGCCAAGGUCACCCGCCUCGAGGACAAGAUCCGCCUCGGCCGCUUGCUCCGCGAGAUCCAAAAGGCCGGCGACGACCUGCGCGAGGACCUCAGCGCCCUGCUGCUGCCCGCCGAGCGCGUCACCGCCGGCGCAAGCACCAGCGCCGCCAUGCGCGCCAGCACCCGCCUGCUCUGGGCCGCCAAGCGCACGCCGCUCGAGGACCGCGUCCGCCGGCUCGACCUGCUCCGCAUGCGCUUCCUCGUCGUCUUCCUCGGCAUCAUCACCUCGGUCGCUGACAGGCAGCCUCCGCCUCCCCCGCCCCUGCCGCCCGCCGCGCUGCCGCGGGAUCUCGAGAAGUCGCUUACCGCGUUCGCCGCCACCCCGUGCAAGCCCGCCCUGCGCAAGUCCCUCACCGAGAGCAUCCCCAAGCGGCCUCCCGUCCGCCGCCUCACCAUGCAGGCCAUCGGCCAUCAGGAGACCAUGGCCACCACCGGUCGCCAGGGCUGGGCCGGCGUCGUCGAGGAAUUGCAGCUCUCCCCGCGCAUGCACCAGCGUCACGCUUCCAUCGAGCGGUCCAUGUCCGUCGAGAGAGGCAUGUCGCCCCGUGACAGAGCUUCGUAG